CCUGCGUUUGUCCGCUUCACAGUGCGUGUUUUCGUUGUCAAAACAUGUACGCGACUCAGAUAAUCGAUUUCCAUAUGUUUGUGUUAGCAUCAUGACAGGCAGCAUCAGCCGCUGGAGACAGUGAAGGGAAACUCCACCGAGAGUUGUUCGCCGGAAGUUAAAAAUCCGGUCGUUUGUUCUUACCGAGUAAGAGAAAAAAGGGUUAAAGACUUAUUUUUCCCACCGAGGAAGCGCUCCUUUUGUCUCCUACGGCUGUGCCGUUUAGUUUUUUUUUCGGUGUCACCAUGGACAUGUACGGGUAUAGCGGAGUCAUGCUAGUGAAAAGAUUCUUGGAUAAUGCCCCCUUUGAAGUGACAAACAUGUCCGACAUUAGUAAGGCGAAUCCCCACGGCUGCGACAACGGAGCUCUGACGGACAGGUUCGGCGUCCUGAUCCAGGGACUGCUGGCUAUCGUGGCUUUCAGCACUCUAAUGUUGAAGAGGUUCCGGGAGCCAGUAGGGAUCAGACGACCAUGGCGGAUCUGGUUUUUUGAUACAUCCAAACAAGCCAUAGGUGCUCUCUUCAUCCACUUUGCCAAUGUCUUCCUGUCCACUCUCACCAAAGAGGACCCCUGCUCUCUUUAUCUGAUGAACUUCCUGCUGGAUGCCACUCUGGGAAUGUUGGUCAUCUGGCUGGCUGUCAAGUUGGUGUCCAAGUUGGUGGAGUACAAGCAGUGGACUCUGCUCAUAUUUGGAGAAUAUGGUGACCCCCCCCAGGCAGCAGCAUGGCUGGGCCAGUGUGGCGUCUACAUGCUCAUUAUGGUGCUAGAGAAAGGUGUCAUCAGCCUUGUGCUGCUUGUCCCCGGAUGGUCCAAAUUACAGGAGGUGUUGCUGAGCUACAUAGCUAACCCUCAGCUGGAGCUGGCCCUCGUCAUGCUUAUCGUGCCCUUCAUAGUCAAUUCAAUCAUGUUCUGGGUGGUGGACAGCUUGAUGAUGAGGAAGUAUAAGACAAUGAAGAGCCUGGACGACUCGUCCGACAGCUUGGUGAAGAAGCCCGAAUCUCUGCCGUGGGUGGACAGUGAGGAGUCAAGGGUCCUGCUGUCGGCUGAGACAGACACCGAAGAGGCUUCAGAGGGGGAGGAGGAGCCGGCUGAGGUUGAACCGGUCCCCUAUGUGCAGUACUCAGGUGGACCACUGAGACCAAGCUGGGUGGCAGUGUAAACCCAGGUGACGUGUCCUCGAUUAUCGACUGUCCCCACACACAACACAUAACAGCAUAAAUAAGAAAAACAAACUUCCAUCCACGUCUUCACAGACUGUCGUCAGUCUUAAUAUCAGCUUCUUUGCAAGCAAAGGCACAAUUUAAGGUCGUAUAACCUGUGAAUGUGAAUACCUUUAGCUGCCUUCUUCCGCAUCGAAGGUUAGAACACUUAGAACUGGAGGUCGACUCAGUAUAUGCAUGCACUGUGCAUCACGUAGCGUUUUGGGAAUUAGAAAGUCUUUAUCCUCUCACCUUGCUGCCUCCGUUUACUGCAAGAGAACAUCAGAGAAACCACAGCUGAACACGCCACGUGUGUGGGGAGAGAUCAUUAAGGAGCGCGGUGCCCACAGGGCAAAAUCUACGGGUGGUAAUGACAAAGACUAAAAUUAAUCUGUCUUCUCUCAACUCCAGGGACUUUUGGAAAUGUUGUUUCUCUAAAGAGAGUCAUUUAUCGAGUGUCAUAUUCCAAAAGGAGAAAGAAAGUAUACACUAUAUAUAUAAAAGUGCUCUCUAAGGUUAUACUCAAAUAUAAUCACUUUGAAUCCACCUUUUUAUUUGAGGUGUAAUUAUAGUCAUUCCUGCACGUUCUCCCUCCGGCUGUUUACUUUAAGGUAAAAGGGCGAUCAGUGGGAUUUUUGUUUUUGUUUUUCUGUUGAACCGCACACAUCAGUCCUUUGGCUGCUGCACUUUCAACACGUGGAUAAUGUGGCUGAUGAAAUACACCACCAACACAUCUUAAGCUUGAUUUAUACUCCUGCGUUUAAUCUAUGGAUGACCUUGCUCUGACAUUGCACCACCGAAACAGCAGCCGUCAUUGUGUUGCUUUCCUUCCAUAGACUGUAUAUAAAAGAUGUCUGUUUUACUCUAAAUGAGGCCAUCGUUUAAAAAAAUGAACAUUAAAUAAAAGUAUACCACUGUGAACUAGCGAUUUAACAUCAGAGCUAGCUGUUGCAUCCUAAUCCUAAACUACAUAAAAGACAGAUGUUUUAAAGCCUCAUGUUUGGCCAUUUUGAAACUGGUUUUGACCUGAUUUGGAUGAAUACUCUUCAGAUUAUCUUUUACUACAUUAAAGGCUACACACGUGAUUUAGUAAAAGUAUACAUACACUUACACUUCCCCCUCUUUGUCUUUAUAUAUAAAGAGAAUGAAUACCCUGCUCUAGUGAAGCAUGCUUUAAACUAGCAAUUGAGACCCAUUAGAAAUAUCUUUACAGAGUUCACAGGUCAAGUAAGUCACACAGGCUGGUGAAUGCGCACUCCCUGACACUUUGGUGAGUGGUUACCGGAAGUUGCGGAAGUCUGUUUGAUAAGAGAUUGCUGCAGUCGCCUUUAGUUUGCAUGGAAGACACUGUUUUGUCUACAAACACUUGCUAAGCACAGCCUUUUACAGUAAAUUUGACUGAAUCCAACAUGUUUGAAAAAGAUUAAUUUUUAAUUUGAAGGUAAAUGUUCUGUGUUUCCGGUUUACUUUCACAACUCUUUACAAACGAGUUGACAUCUUACACACAAACUUUAGGCAACCACAGCAAUCUGCUAGUAAUCAAAGCCAUCACAAGGAGCUUUUCAGUGACGGCAAGCAGCUGCUCGUCAACCAAUCGAGGAAUCAUACUUCCGUAGCCAGCAGCCUUCCAGCAACUAUUAGUACCUGAUCUAGGAGUACUUAUUUUUCCCUGACAACUGGUGACUGCGAGCCAGGCUCCAGGUACUAAGCCAGUGUCUGUCAGGCUGAAGAAGUCUGGUCAUUUUUCCUCAGACUUCUAUACAACAUGGCUCCUUUUGACUACUUAAACAGUUGCCUCCUGCUGGCCAUUAGAAAGAAUGCAGGCUCAAAGUGCUUCUGCAUUGGCUUCACUUUUCACACCUGAAGGCUACACCCAUCUUUUAUAAACAGUCUGUUUUUUUUGGGGGGGGGUUGAUUUACUUCAAACAUUUGCAAAGAAGACAGACGGUACUAUGCAGCAAUUAUUAAAGCUAUGGAAAUAAAAAAAAACGUAUGUGGUGCAUUGGUGGUGGUUUAGCAUUGUGAGCAAGCCAGAUAGAAUAACAACUUAUAUUUCAUAUUUCACACGAGCAUUAUGUUUGCUCCAAUAUGUCAUAUUACUAACAAGCUGCUCAAUCGAGUAGUUGCACUUCCGGAGAAUUACAUGGAGUAGGAUAAAUGUCUAUGUCGUAGAUUUAAUGCAGAAGCAUCAGUCAAGCUUAAAAUUGAAUUAUCAGGUAGUUUUUAGGCACUUUUUAAACAAUAACAAUAGAACAUUUUGUAACACUUCAGACUUUUUUUGUCUCCUAUAGGAGGCCUUUAUGUUACACUACAGUGUGGUGAUGCAGCAGCUGUGUGUUAAACUUUUGCAAAAUUUUAUUUAUUCAGUUAUGAAAACUGUAAAUCUAUAUAGUGGUCCAAUCUGUGGUAAAUGCAUUGAAUAGGAAGCUUAGUGAAAAGGUGUGAGUUUUGAGUCUUCGCCAGAUAAAGGUGGUAAACGGGUCAAAUGAUGGAUGUGUGUUACUUUAUCCUCAAAGUAUUCCUGCCUACAUGGUUUACAUCUAUAAUUUCAAAGGUCUACAGUUUGAUAUGUACUGUCUGUAAUAUUGUAUUUUGUAUUUCUUUCUCUUUUUUUUUCUUAAUAAACAAAGUUAUAAUCCUGUGGAUGGCAUGGUACAGCAUGAUCUGAGUUGUCAUGCACAGGCCGUGAGCUGCCUCAGCGCUUCUUACGAAUGUAUUUACUCUGUG